AUGGCGACUUGGGGUCUUCUCGACGAUAAGGAAGAAAACGAACUCCAUAAAUCUCGACUUCUCAACGUCGAAGAAAAGCCAUUCAAGCGGAUCACCAAGCGCCUUAAUACUCUCCAUACCCUCGCAAUCGUCCACGCCCGGCAGGCACCCACACCUCCUCCCGAGACUGCCAGCAGUACUGCGCCGACUGAUGGUACCCAGCAAGCAUCCCAAUCCGGCGAGAGCGCAUCGCCCACUCCGGCGACCGACGCACUCCUCUCAACCGAUCUCGCACAGCUCAAGGAAGAUAUCACCCUCGACUUUGCCGCCUUCGACAGCAGCAUCGCGCGCCUGCAGUUCCUGUUGACCGCCAACGAGCGUGAGCGCGAUCGGUACGCGGCCGAACGCCAGCGUAUCGUGGCCGCAUCGCAGGCCGUGCGUAAUAACACCGCGCAGUUGCGGCAGCAACUAGAGCAGGCACGCGCGACGCUCGCGCAGCGGCGCAAGUUCGAUGAGCUCGCCGAUGCGAUCACGAAUAACCCGGCGCUGAAGCCUCGGGCGGAACAGGCGGAGAAUUUGCGGAAACUCGAGGAGGAGAUUGCAGAAUUGGAGGCCGAGGCCGAGCAGUACAGCGUUACGUGGAAUGAGCGGAGGGAGCAGUUCGCUAGGAUUAUGGAUGAGAGUAUGAGGCUGAGGCGGUUGAUCAGGGACGAGAAAGAGGAAGUUGAUCGAAGAGAGGGCAUGGAUGAUGAUCAAGGAGAGACUGGUGGUUCUGCCGAAGGCGGGGAGACAACAGCCGGGCAGACGCCACGCCCUUCGGGGGCGGUGAGUGGCAACGCGACUCCAAGACCAGAGAGCGGAGUUCCGGCUCCCAAAAGUGUUGCGGAUAGCGGCGAUGUGGGAACGCCACGGCCAGUGUCGACAACAGGCUGCAGGACGCCAGCGAGGGAAAGUUCUGUGCCGUCGGCUGCUGCUCCGGAGGGCCAGUCAUUUCUCAAGCCGCCGACAGGGGCUGGCGCGAGUUUUUCGCAGGCUGGGAGCACUGCGGGCAGCCGUGAGGUUUCGACGGAGAGGGAGGUCGAGGCAGAGCAAGGCGAGGUGGAGGAGAGUGAGGAUGUCGAGAUGAUCGAGGUUAAAGACGACCAGUCAGAGCCAGACAGCCCGUUGACACCACCCCCAGCUGAUGAUGCGCCACAGAUCGUUGUGGAUACUCAGCCAGACACAAUGGAUACAACCUAA